AUGGUCAAUUCGGAAGAGGAAAUUGAUUGCCAAGAUGGAUUCGACUGUGGUGGAUGCAACAGACCUAAUUCGGUGGAACGGAGAAUGGUGUCGUGCGAUAAUUGUUUAGGCUGGUGGCAUCUGAGUUGUGCGAAUCAAUCUCCCGGCGUAAAGGAUCGCCCAUGGAGAUGCACUAAAUGCACACCACCUUCUGCAGACCCGUCGGAGUCCGUAAACACCACCGAUUUCAGCACACCCAUCGUGCGAUCAAAGGCUCCUCACUCCAGUUCAACGAGAAUAGGAAGAGCUGAAGUUGAGAACGGAGCUAGGAAGAAAUGUGCGGAAUCCAACAAAGAUUCGUCCGUGAGAAGUGCCGGCAAAUCUGUGAGAUCUACUACAUCCAGCGCCCGCAUCCGGACCGAACUUGAGUUGGCCAAAUUGGUAGCAGAAAGAGAAAUUAAAAGUCGCCGUAUGAGAGAGGAAAUGCGUUUCCUAGAAAAGGAACGGGCUAUCCGUCUAGAAGAGCUUGCUUCUGAGGAAUCCUUCUUAAAGAAGAAACACCAGCUGGAAGAGAAGCUAGUAGAGGAUUCGGGAUCGGAAAGUGUUUCCGAAUCAGCGCCGAGUGGAAGUCAAAAGGCUGAGGAAUGGUUGCGCAAUCAGCUGGAGGAAAAUAAUAACGGUCCGGAAGAGGUGUUCCCUCGGAUAGUCGAACUGAGUACAUCGAAAUCAGUUCAUUCCGAACCUAGAAGUCACUCGGCACGAAUCCGUGUGCCAAUUAUGAACCUGAUUCCUGAAGUACCACCUCCAAAGCAACCCAUAAAUCCUUUCCCACAACCGGUAGCGUUUGCCAACCUGAAUAUUGGUCCGUCUGCAGAACAAGUGUUGGCUCGCCAAGUCUGGCCCAGAAAACUACCUGUGUUUGCCGGAGAGCCUGAGGAGUGGCCAAUAUUUUUCCAUAGUUACGAAACGUCCAAUGCUGCCUGCGGUUUCUCAGACGUUGAGAAUCUUGUCCGUCUUAGAGAAAGCCUGCGAGGGGCGGCUCGAGAAGCAGUGAGAACAAAAUUGACAUUUCCUGACAGCGUGCCGAAGAUAAUGGAAACACUGAAACGUUUUUAUGGACGGCCCGAAAUUCUUGUAAGGAACAUGCUGGCUAAAGUGCGCAAACUCGAAUCGCCAAAAUCUGAGCGUCUAGAUAGCCUUAUUAAGUUUGCCACAGCUGUACAGCACCUUUGUGACCAGCUAGAGGCUGCAGGUCUACGAGCUCAUUUAUCGAAUCCCGAUUUGCUCAGCGAAUUGGUUGAGAAGCUCCCUGCUCAUCAUCAGCUUGCUUGGGUGAGAUAUAAACGCUCCUUCCCCGAGCCAACGCUGAAGGAAUUUGGCCAGUAUAUGGAGGAAUUGGCCGAGGACGCCUGUGAGGUUACCACGCUUGUACCGCCGAAACCUGAGACAGCGAAGUAUGCAAAACCGUCGCAGAAGAAAGAGGGACAUUUCCAUGCUCACAUUAACAGUGAUGGAAACCAGGAAGAAUAUAGACAACGUAAGCCAUGUCCAAUCUGUGGUGGCAUAGAUCACCGGGUUCGGAACUGCUCGAAGUUCCAAGAACUAAAUCUCGAUUCAAGAAAGCGUGCAGUACGCCAGUGGAAUUUGUGCGAAAUGUGCCUGAAUGAGCACGGUAAUUGGAAGUGUAAAUCAAGAAUCCGAUGUAACAUCGAAGGCUGUAGAGUUCAGCACCAUCCGUUGCUCCAUGUUCCGGCGCAAGCCAAAAAGGGAGAAGCAACAGUCGUUAAAUCUGUUUGUAAUUCCCACAACGAAUUCAGAAAAGCGUUUUUCUUUCGAAUAGUUCCACUUACCCUGCACAACGGAAAUCGCACUGUCGAUACCUUUGGAUUCUACGAUGAAGGGUCAUCACUGACCAUAAUGGAAUCGUCAUUAGCACGCCGCCUAGGAAUAGAGGGAAAAAGGCAUCCGCUGGAACUACAGUGGACUUCCGGUGUAACCCGGAACGAAAAUUCAUCCAAGCUCAUUAAAUGCAAGAUCUCGAAGUUGGGAGAUCCGAAACAACAUUCUUUUACCGCACACACGGUUUCGAAACUUGAGCUACCGAAGCAAACCCUCUGCUACGACGAAUUAGCUAAUCGUUAUGAACAUCUGAAAGAUAUUCCAAUCAGUUCAUUUAACGAUGCGCAGCCUGAAGUGCUUAUUGGGUUAGAUAACAUUGACAUUUUAACCCCAAUCGAAAGUCGGCAAGGUCAACCUGGCGAACCUGUUGCCGUGAGAUCAUUGCUCGGAUGGGCCAUCUAUGGGCCUAACGAGGCAGGAGAUAGAAAUGACAAGAACUCGGUCCGAGUUAACUUCCAUCACUGCGACGCAGAUCAAGAACUUAACGACCUCAUCCGACAACAUUUCGUUCUGGAGGAGCCCCAGAACCCGUUUGCGCCGAUUCUUGAAUCUGCCGAAGACAAGCGAUGUAAAACGAUCCUAGAGGAAACCACGGUGUUUCGUGACGGUGCAUACGAAACUGGUUUGCUGUGGAAAGCAGAUGAAGUGUGCUUCCCAGAUAACCGGUACAUGGCUGAGAGACGUCUGAAAUGCCUAGAGAGCAAGCUGUCAAAAGACCCCGAACUCCAGGCUAACGUGCACCAACAAAUACGAGAUUAUUUGACAAAAGGGUAUGCCCAUAAGGCAACCGAAGAAGAGUUGGCAGAAACUAGUGCUGAACGCGUUUGGUACCUCCCCCUGAAUGUGGUGUCGCACCCGAAGAAACCGAACAAAAGACGGCUGGUGUGGGACGCGGCUGCCUCAGUGGGUGGAGUUUCCCUCAACAAUCAACUAUUAAAAGGCCCGGAUUUACUGGUCCCCCUGCAUUCAGUGAUAUGCAAGUUCCGAGAGUGGCGCAUCGGUUUUGGUGGCGACGUAAAGGAAAUGUUCCACCAAAUCCGAAUAAGAGCAGCAGACAAAAACUACCAACGAUUCCUGUUUCGAUUCGACGCAACACAACCGCCCGACGUUUAUAUUAUGGACGUCGCGACGUGCUCGCCCUGUUCGGCGAUCUACGUGUUGCACAAAAUAGCAGACGAGUGUCGGGAGGAUUUCCCGAAAGCUACGACAGCUAUCAAGGAGAAAACGUAUAUGGACGAUUAUUUCGAUAGUGCCCCCACUUCCGAGGAAGCAGCUGAUCGAGCGAUUCAGCUGAAAGGAGCCCUUGCUCGGGCCGGAUUCACCAUGAGAAAUUGGGUUAGCAACGAUGAAUCGGUGCUACAGGCAGUCGGAGAGAUUUCGGAACAGAAAUCGCUCUCACUUAUCAGUGACAUAGGAGGCGAUAACAUCGAGAGGGUCCUUGGACUGGAGUGGAACCCACGGCAGGAUUGUUUCCAAUUUCCUACCAGCCUACGUGGUGAGCUGGCGCCGUAUGUUUGCGGCGAACGACGACCGACUAAGAGAAUGGCUCUUCGAUGUAUUAUGAGUCUUUUCGACCCAUUGGGUCUUCUGUCCCCGUAUACAAUCCACGGGAAGAUGCUGUUCCAAGAUCUUUGGAGAUGCGGCAUACAAUGGGAUGACGAUGUAGAGAUCUGA